UCAGGGCUCAGUUCGGCGCGCUGCGACUCCCAGUCCUUUCUAAUCCUCCCUGCUUGGCCGGCCGCCGGAGCCUGGCCGAAGGACAGACGGUUGGGCCACAGUGUCUGGGGAGGGUAGCGCUGAAUUUCGAGGCUGCGUGAAGGCACCUAGUCCCUGGAGCCCCCUCAUCCCUCUGGCUGGGAGCUGCAGACAUGAGCCAGGAUGCCUUUGACCUCCAGACCCUGCCUUCAAAGGACAAGAAGGACUCGGAAGAGGAAGACGCCGGCGCGGUGCAUGGGGAGGCCACGCCGCCUGGACCUGCAGACGACUCCCUCACCAGUUUAGAAGAAGCCCCGAGCUACGAGGCCAUGAGGGUGAACGAGAAGUACUCGUCGCUGCCUGCCGCGGUCGACAGGGGCGUGCACAUUAUUAACAUCCGUGCCAUCGACGACCUGGGCUACCUGCAGUCCGAGGGCACGCUGCUGAACUCACUGGCCGUGGACCCCGACGCCAACUGCAAGUAUGGUCUCUAUUUUCGAGAUGGCCAGAGGAAAGUGGACUACAUCCUCGUCUACAAUUACAAGAGGACCUCGGGCCAUAACAUCCUGGCCCGAGUCCUCCACGUUGAUCCCUCACUGGGGUCCCAGAACCUCAAGCAGGAACCUCUGCCUGGCAAGGACGGGCCCCUGGACGCCGGCGAGAUUGACCAUCACGAAGAUGACAAGCGAUCCCGCCGGGAAGAGUAUGAGAGCAACCUUCUGGAGGCUGGACUCGAGCUGGAGAAAGAUGAGGAUACUAAAAUACAUGGAAUUGGGUUUGUGAAAAUCCAUGCACCCUGGAACGUUCUGUGCCGAGAGGCUGAAUUUUUGAAACUCAAAAUGCCCACCAAGAAGAUGUACCAGAUUCACCAGAGCCGGGGCCUCCUCAAAAAAAUUAACUCCGUCCUCCAGAAAAUGACAGAACCUAUCCAACCCCGGGUGGCUGGCAAUAGAUCCCAGAGCACAAAGAGACUUUCUUUCACCUUCUCCAGGGAAAAGCAGCACCUGUUUGACCUGAGCGAUAAGGAUUCCUUUUUUGACAGCAAAACUCGGAGCACCAUAGUCUAUGAGAUUUUGAAGAGGACGACAUGCUCGAAGGCCAGCAUGGGGCAAGGAGAGGGAAGAAAGAAGGAUACUGCCCUUUUAAAUAAAAGGAGAAAAUGUGGUCAAUAUGGAAUCACCAGCCUCCUAGCCAAUGGAGUAUAUACCGCAGCCUACCCCCUGCACGAUGGUGACUUUGAAGGAGAAGAUGUUGAGAUGAAUGACAGAAAAAUUCUGUGUGAGGAGUGGGCCACCUAUGGGGCCUUCUACAAGUACCAGCCAAUCCACCUGAUCAGGAAGUAUUUUGGAGAGAAGGUCGGCCUGUACUUCGCCUGGCUGGGCGUGUACACUCAAAUGCUCAUCCCCGCCUCCAUGGUUGGUGUCGUUGUGUUCCUCUAUGGGUGUCUCACCGUUGAUGGAAACAUACCCAGCAUGGAGAUGUGUGACCAGCGUAACAACAUCACCAUGUGCCCCCUGUGUGACCAGACAUGCAGCUACUGGAAACUGAGUUCAGCCUGUGCCACUGCACGAGCUAGCCACUUCUUUGACAACCCGGCCACAGUCUUCUUCUCUGUCUUCAUGGCUCUGUGGGCUGCCAUGUUUAUGGAACAUUGGAAAAGAAAACAGAUGCGGCUCAACUAUAAAUGGGACCUGACUGGGUUCGAGGAGGAAGAGGAGACCGUCAAGGCUCAUCCAAGGGCUGAGUAUGAGGCCAAGGUUUUGAAGAAAUCCCUUCGGAAAGAUUGCCGAACCAAGGAGAUCGAUAAGGAGAAACUGACGUGGAAAGACCGACUCCCAGCCUACCUGACCAACCUCGUCAGCUUCAUCUUCAUGAUUGGACUGACAUUCGCCAUCGUGUUUGCAGUCAUCAUCUACAGGAUCUCCACUGCAGCAGCUUUGGCCAUCAGCUCCUCCCCCUCCGGCCGGUCAAAUGUGCGGGUCACAGUCACGGCCACAGCGGUCAUCAUCAACUUGGUGGUCAUCAUUAUCUUGGACGAACUGUAUGGCUCCAUAGCGCGAUGGCUGACCCAGAUUGAGGUUCCCAAGACGGACAAGAACUUUGAGGAGCGGUUGAUUUUCAAGGCCUUCCUGCUGAAGUUUGUGAAUGCUUACACCCCCAUCUUUUAUGUGGCUUUCUUCAAAGGCCGGUUUGUCGGACGCCCGGGAGACUAUGUCUACAUCUUCGGUUCCUUCCGCAUGGAAGAGUGUGCACCUGGUGGCUGUUUGAUGGAACUCUGCAUCCAGCUUAGCAUUAUCAUGUUGGGCAAGCAGCUGAUUCAGAACAACCUGUUUGAGAUAGGCAUUCCAAAAAUGAAGAAAUUUUUCCGCUACUUAAAACAACAGCGGCCAAUUGACCAUGAAGAAUCCACAAAGAAGAAGCAGCGCUAUGAGGUGGAUUACAACCUGGAGCCCUUUGCAGGACUAACUCCAGAGUACAUGGAAAUGAUAAUCCAGUUUGGGUUUGUCACCCUGUUUGUUGCCUCCUUCCCACUGGCACCUCUGUUUGCCCUGCUGAACAACAUCAUAGAAAUCCGUCUGGAUGCCAAGAAAUUUGUCACUGAGCUCCGGAGACCUGUGGCAGUCAGAGCAAAAGACAUAGGCAUCUGGUACAAUAUUCUCAGAGGCAUUGGAAAGCUGGCUGUUAUCAUCAAUGCAUUCGUCAUCUCCUUCACGUCAGACUUCAUCCCCCGACUCGUGUACCACUACAUGUACAGUUCCAACGGCUCCAUGCACGGCUUCUUGAAUCACACGCUCUCCUAUUUCAACGUCAGUGACUUCCAAGCCGGAACGGCUCCCAAUGACCCCAUGGAGCUGGGCUACUCAGUGCACAUUUGCCGGUACAAAGAUUACCGAGAGCCCCCUUGGUCGGAAAACAAGUAUGAGAUAUCCAAGGACUUCUGGGCGGUCCUGGCUGCCCGACUGGCCUUUGUGAUCGUCUUCCAGAACCUGGUCAUGUUCAUGAGUGACUUCGUAGACUGGAUCAUCCCCGACAUUCCCAAAGAUAUCAGCCAGCAGAUUCACAAGGAGAAGGUCCUCCUGGUGGAACUCUUCAUGAAGGAGGAGCAAGGCAAGCAGCAGAUGCUAGAGACCAUAAAGGAGAAAGAUAACCUCCAGGGUGACAACUGCAAUAAUCACAGCCCGCCAUUCACCAGGACCCAGCGAGGCAGCACAGCAUCCAGAUGCUCCUACCAUGUGGCAAUUUAGUGGGAGACUUCCAGAGCCCUGGGGCAUGCUAGACAGAGCUGCUCUGCCUGCAAUGCAGUCUGACUCAUGAACAACCUGGCGCAGGGUCCAGAGUGAGCUGAAGCCUGGUGGUGCCUGUGCUGGGCAAAAAUUCUCUUCUUGCAGAAACAGAGGACCACGUCCUGAUGGGACACUUCCUUUUUCUUUUUUUUUUUUUGCACAAACUGUAAUGCAGGGAAUCUCUCUUUCUCUCUCUCUCUCUCCAAGGUUAAUCAAAAAAAAAACACAAGUUCAUGGUGAUGCCCAUAGGGUUGGUGCAGAUACUACAAACAGUUCUCGGAGGACUCAGUAGUGUCUUCUACUGAAAGAUGAGUAAGGGUCACCCACCAGAGGAAAAAAACCUUUUGAACUUUUUUGAUGCCUUAACGUGUAGACAAAGUGGUUUCCCUAGAUGCAAGGCCUGAGCUCCUAGCAAUAGAGGGAGCUGCUGAAUCACAAACUAGGUUUGGAGGUGGGUUUUCAGAAGAAGCUACUGGAGCACGGGAGGGGAAUCCACUUCUACCCAUACGUGUUCCUGUUCUUCAUAUUGGGGCCUUCUGAGCUACCAUCCGAGAAAGCCCUGCCCCAACCAGCCUAGGGAGUGGGAAUUGGGUCUGGCCUUCUGGGUCCCAGAUGCAGUGCAUGCUGGGAGGAGCUGACUGUGGCCUCCCAUGGGGGGAGGGCCCUCCAGACCACCCCCACACACAUCCCAGUGGCCAACCCCAAUCUAUCCUCUCCCUCUCCUUCUCCUAUCCACCCACCCCCAAUCCUUUGGUUUGGAUGAAACCACAUUGAUAAAGGACUACUAGAAGAGAGGCAUCCUGAGGGGUAUUUUUAGAGGCUAUUUCAGGUUUUAAAUAGAAGUUGUACCAACUCACCCAGACAGUCUCAGCUUCAUGGUAUUUAUUGGUUUCAAAAAUAAAUUAUGGGGUGAGAUUGAUUUUUUUUCUGCAGUUGGCUUAAAAUGUACCAGAGGUGGAUGGAGUUUAUUAUGUUAACCAAAUAUCUCUGCAAGGCAUUUAAAAGAUUGUUCCUACCAAAGAUUUUUAUUAAUAAAGGGCUUAUAUUUUGGUAACACGCUCUUCUAUCUUUACUUACAGGAAUUUCACUAUUGGACAACAAUCAUUUACAAGGCUUAUUAAACAUCCAUACACACACACACACACAGUUCUCAGUGACAGGAGUCUUCUCCACAUACACCAAAGCCGGAUGGUCUGAGAUUUCCAAAGGCCACACCCUCUCCAAGAGAAUAAUGAAUGUAAUCACUCUUCCCAAUUCCCUGAUGUUUGUGUGAGCGGCAGGCAGUCUCUGUCCCUAACACCAAGGGCUCCAAUACUUUUGUUAUUUGCUGAAAUUGUACAAACGGAUGUUUUAUUUUCUCUUGUGCAGGAAGUUGUUUGAAAUAGGGUUUUGUAUAUAAAUGUUGUAUUAAAAAUUAGGUGAUUACCCAAAAAAAAUCAUUUCAUGGAAACAAUUUUUUUUAAAAAGACAAGUAAAUGUACACAGAUCCAUGUAGUAUUUUGGCUGAGCAUUGAUUUGAAAUAAAUUUAAAUGCACAAUCCUUUCUUAA